AUGGCCACAGUCUGGACAGCGGGCCAGUCACGCUUGACAGUGGGCGUGUUGCCAGCAGGACCCUUUGGGAUGUGUCUGAGCCUGGAGGUGAGUGGCACGGGGGCUGGCAAGGCUAGGGUGGAGGCAGGCAGGCUCCACUGUCUGCCGCCUUCACACCUUUCUCCUUCCACAUGCAUAGAUGAGCCCACCAGCCUCAGCACUGACCUCCAAGCCAAGCACGUCCCUGCCUCUGCUGUGGUCUCCAGUGCCAUGAACUCAGCCCCUGUCUUGGGCACCAGCCCAUCUUCCCUGACCUUCACCUUCACCCUCGGACGCCAUUACUCGGAGGACUGCGGCAGCAUCAAGGCUGGCCGCCGCUCCUCCUACCUGCUGGCCAUCACCAAGGAGCGCUCCAAGUCCUGCGAUGAUGGACUCAACACCUUCCGCGACGAGGGCCGGGUUCUCAGGUGCCUGCCAAACCGCAUACCCAGCCUGCGGUUGCUCCGGAGCUUCUUCACCGACGGGUCCUUGGAUAGCUGGGGCACCUCUGAAGAUGCUGACGCUCCUUCUAAGCGACACUCAACCUCUGACCUCUCAGAUGCGACCUUCAGCGAUAUCAGGAGAGAAGGCUGGUUGUAUUAUAAGCAGAUUCUCACCAAGAAGGGGAAGAAAGCGGGCAGCGGCCUGCGCCAGUGGAAGCGGGUGUACGCCGCGCUGCGGGCGCGCUCGCUCUCGCUGAGCAAGGAGCGGCAGGAGCCCGGGCCAGCGGCGGCGGGGGCUGCAGCGGCCGGCGCAGGUGAACACGAGGCGGCGCCCGUCUGCAUCGGCUCCUGCCUCGUGGACAUCUCCUACAGCGAGACCAAGAGGAGGCACGUGUUCCGGCUGACCACCGCUGACUUCUGUGAAUAUCUCUUUCAGGCUGAGGACUGGGAUGACAUGCUGGGCUGGAUCAGAGCGAUCUGGGAGAACAGCAGGGCCGAGGGCGAGGACCCCGGCUGUGCCAACCAAGCUCUGAUCAGCAAGAAGCUUAAUGAUUAUCGCAAAGUGAGCCAUAGCUCUGGGCCCAAAGCUGAUUCCUCCCCCAAACGCUCUCGCAGCCUGGGGGGCCUCAAGUCUGAGUUCCUCAAGCAGAGUGCGGCACGUGGCCUCAGGACUCAGGACCUGCCCGCAGGGAGCAAGGAUGACAGUGCUGCAGCCAUCAAAACCCCCUGGGGCAUCAACAUCAUCAAGAAAAAUAAGAAGGCCGCCCGAAGGGCAUUUGGGGUCAGGCUGGAGGAGUGCCAGCCAGCCACGGAGAACCAGCAUGUCCCCUUAAUCGUGGCUGCAUGCUGUCACAUUGUGGAGGCAUGAGGGCUGGAGUCCACAGGCUUUUACCGAGUGCCCGGCAACAAUGCAGUGGUGUCCAGCCUACAGGAGCAGCUCAACCGCUGGCCUGGUGACAUCAACCUGCACGAUGAGCGCUGGCAAGACCUCAAUGUGGUCAGCAGCCUGCUCAAGUCCUUCUUCCGAAAGCUGCCUGAGCCUCUUUUCACUGAUGACAAAUACAACGACUUCAUCGAGGCCAACCGCAUCGAGGACGUGUGGGAGCGGAUGAGGACGCUGCGGAAGCUGAUCCGGGAUCUCCCAGGACACUACUAUGAAACGCUCAAAUUCCUUGUGGACCAUCUAAAGACCAUUGCUGACCACUCUGAGAAAAACAAGAUAGAACCCCGGAACCUGGCCCUGGUCUUUGGGCCGACAAUGGUGAGGACGUCUGAGGACAACAUGACAGACAUGGUGACCCACAUGCCUGACUGCUACAAGAUCGUGGAGACACUGAUCCAGCACGUAAGCCCCUAUUUCUGGAACGAUGACAAAGGGGAGGGGAUGGAGGGAUCCCCCUGCCAGGUGUGCCAUUAUGAGUGGUAUCAGCCAGUCAGCACCAGUGAGCUUCGAGGAAGCCUGUUCUCAGUUAAGGGGCACAGAUGCCACUAG